AUAGGAAACCAAGGGCCCGAAGCCGCCCUAAGCCGAGUGUUUUACCGCCUUACGAUUCUUUUUUCCCCGGGUUUCCUACUUCUAUAAUUUGAUUGGUGCGAACAGCAUAGCAUACCCGCACAGCACGCCCGUCAGCCAUGGUAGUUGGCGUUCUCGCUUUACAGGGCUCUUUUAACGAACACAUUGCAGCUCUUAGGAAGCUAGGAGUGAAGGGGGUGGAAAUUAGGAAGCCGGAGCAGCUUCAGAAUGUGAGCUCUCUUAUCAUUCCCGGUGGUGAAAGCACCACCAUGGCCAAGCUCGCCGAGUACCAUAACCUGUUUCCUGCCUUGCGUGAGUUUGUUAAAAUGGGAAAGCCUGUGUGGGGGACCUGCGCAGGUCUUAUCUUCUUGGCAAACAAAGCUGUUGGGCAGAAAAUAGGAGGACAAGAUCUAAUUGGUGGGCUUGAUUGCACUGUUCAUAGAAAUUUCUUUGGUAGUCAGAUUCAAAGCUUUGAGGCUGAGCUUUUAGUGCCAGAGCUUGCUUCUAAGGAAGGUGGUCCUGAGACAUUUCGUGGAAUUUUCAUUCGUGCUCCUGCAGUCCUUGAAGUGGGACCAGAAGUUGAAGUUCUGGUUGAUUAUUCUGUACCGUCUAACAAGGUGUUAUAUUCAAGUUCUACCGUUGAAAUUCAAGAGGAGAAUGUUAUGCCCGACACGAAAGUGAUUGUUGCUGUAAAACAAGGGAAUUUGCUAGCGACUGCUUUCCAUCCUGAAUUGACUGCAGAUACUCGAUGGCAUAGUUACUUCUUGAAGAUGGGGAGUGAGCUUGGAGAAGCGUCUUCUAGUAACAUUGUUGCAGUUGGAGGAGAGGGUCAGAGUUCCAACCUUCAAUCAAAAGCUGAUCUUCCUAUAAUUCUAUAGUGGCUGUGAGAUAACUAUAGACUUUCUUUUUCACAUAUUUUGAAACCCUUUUCUUUAUGGUUAGCCUUUUUACAUAUGUGAUCUCAAAAUCUUUUAAAUAGUAGUCCCCAUGUGCAAAGGCCAAAGAUUCUUCUUAUGCCAUUAUUGAAGUUGGAUAUCUUAUAUGGUGUAUAUAUUGUUUAAAGUUAUCUUCUAAAAAAGAUAAAGCAACUUUCUGGUUGUGUCUA